AUGAGUCAGGUAGUCAAGAUCUGCGGACUCAGAUCUCUCACCGAGGCUGAAGUCGCAGUCAGCAGCGGAGCGCAUUUGCUGGGAGUGAUUCUUGUGCCAAAUAGAGCAAGAACCAUCGACCCUGAGCAGGCGAGACAGAUAAGCAAGCUGUGCGAGGCGAGACGGCGAUCGCUAGGGCGUGAGUUUGUGGACCCCAAAAAGCUCCUUGAGCAUCUGCGAAAAUCACAUUUGGAGGGACCCGAAAACCAGCCCCUGGACGACGUUGUGAAGCUGUCGCGGGACCUGGAGCUGGAUUUUGUGCAACUACACGGGUCGGAGGAUUUUUCGCUGUACAUCAACCACCUUACUCUGCCCGUGAUUGCCAGAUACGUGCUAAACAAGCCCAACAUAGCAGAGGCCACCAAAACGCAUCUACAUAUACUUCCCCUGCUGGACUCGGAGCUCGGAGGCGAAGGCAAGGUCAUCAACUGGGACGACGCAGAAGAGUUCAAUAGGCAAUACCACGGCGUUUACCUGCUGGCAGGCGGUCUCAGACCGGAAAACGUGCGCCAGGCGUUGUCGGUGCAAGGAUGUCUGGGGGUGGACGUGAGCGGCGGAGUGGAAACGGACGGGGUGAAGGAUCUCGACAAAAUUAGGCAUUUCAUUGCCACUGCCAACUAUAUAGAGUGA